AUGGAUGAUACCACUGGGAUCCAUAUCCACGUCUCGCCUGUUAAUGGUCGUUGGAGCCUUGUCGAUCUUAAACGCAUCGCUGAAGCAAUUAUUCACUUUGAUAACCCCCUGAAUACGCUUUUCCCCAAUCACAAUUACACGCAAGCUUUCCUUAAGUCUAACUUGAGAGAUAACCCGAUUCUCAACAAACUGCCUCGAGGAAAAAGUCCUUCUUCCGUCAUUCAAGAGACUAAAACAGUUGAAGAACUGAUUUAUAUCAUGAAUCCUCCGGAUGGGCGAAGCGAUUUCAGUCAACGAAAGUACGCUUGGAAUUUCACAAACAACUCGAAUGACCCAUCAGUAUGUUCUAACCCAAAAUAUACGAUUGAGUUUCGGAGCCCAAGGUCCACAACAGCAUGCAAUUUGAUCGAGAAAUGGAUCGCAUUUACAGUCACUUUUCUUCAUGGCUCGGUUACUUCACCCGAGAACAUCCACAAUGACUUUGAGCCGACUGUCGAUGGACUUAACGGGUUCUUAUACCGCAAUCGUCCUCCUGGCGGUACCGACAAUUACUGCUGGGAGAAGCACUUGUCUCAGGAUGCGAUAGAUAAAGUUUUGAACGAUGUGGACCACCAUACUGUCGAAGAAUGA